ACUAUUUGCUCGUUUUCUCCCAAAAAGAAUUUCUUCGUAUAAUGAAAGAGCCAGCCGCCCGGGUUAGAUUCUGUAAGAUUAUGAAAAAGCGUUGCUCGUAUCAUUUUGGGGAAGACAGCUGCAACAGUGCAAUGGAAGGGAGAGAAGUAAAACAGUGACUGCCCUGAGUAAAAAAGAUACACAAUAGCAUUUGGGACACCGUAUAUUACAGUAAUGGAGUUUUCUUGCUUUUGUUUUUUCACAUACUGGUAUUAGAUUCGAAGAAUUUCCUCACAUUUGACCACUCCACUCCAUCGUUGGAGGGCGGAAAAGUCUACAGCCAUAUUUAUAUCUCCGACAGAGGUGGCAUUUUCUCGGUUUCAGCCGAAACGCCAACCAAGAGUCUCAUUCCUGUCAAAGUCUGUCAGCUGUUACGGGAGAUUUCAACCUCCAGAUCUGUGACGAUUAAGCGAGGUGGAGGCGUUUAAAGGUGGAUGCUGCUCUGCCCAAUUACUGGAGUAAUUAGGGUUUCACUUUCUAUUUUUAUCAAUUGCAAGGUGGUGUGAGGGCAGGGCGGUGGUAAGUUCCUCUUCGCAGACGCUGGUGACUGUGGAGGUAUUGGUAAUGACCGGAGGCUCUGAGAGUGGAAAGUGGACCUUACUAGCCCUUUUUCGAACCAAAGAUUGCAUCUUUAAACAGAGGUGCGCAACUUUGGGAUUAGGAAUGGAAUGGGAAACCUCAAGUUCAGUCAUUUACAGUUCUCUUAUGCGGUAUCUUUCUUGCAUUCUUGAUGUGUUGUUAAACCUAGCUAACCAUACUAAGUAGUCUUUUAGCCCAUUCAUGAUAUUUAAACUUAUACUCAUGUUUCACGCAGUCGAGUACUACGAUUUUUCGGAGUAAGAAACUUCACUAACUGAUACCUAUUUGUUGAGUACAUGAGGCGAUACUUGAUAGUUGAGAUGGAAAAAAAGGAUAAAUGUUGAAAUUAGUAUUAAUUAUUAAAUGCGCUUUUGAUUUCAUAAAGCAACAGACAUUGUGAAAAAAAUCAUCCGAAGUAAAGCUUGUGAGGAGGGAGCAUUUUCUGAACCACAAAUUGUUGAUUAUGAACAAGUAUCGGCUAAGAAGUCAUGUUAUUCUCUGCUUACGAGAUCCUGUGCUUAUGCUUUUUGGUUGUCAUCAAUGGGUUGUAGGAAAAUCCAGACUUGGAUGUAAAACAGCCUAAAACAUGCAAGUGAAAGCCCCUAAUUCAGAUGUGCUCAGGGUUAGUGUUUCUAGUGCCCCUAGCACUUCAAGCCACGGUUCAGCUCCUGAUGAUUAUUAUGAUGCUUCAGGUGAUGUGUAUAUAUGGGGUGAGGUAAUAUGUGAUAACACCAUUAAAGUUGGUCCUGAAAAGAAUUCUAUACCUCUGAACACCAACCGAACUGAUGUUCUUCUACCAAGGCCUUUAGAGUCUCACAUUGUGUUGGAUGUAAGUCGCAUAGCCUGUGGGGUCAGGCAUGCUGCCCUUGUGACUAGACAUGGCGAAGUUUUCACAUGGGGUGAAGAAUCUGGUGGCCGGCUUGGCCAUGGUGUCGGUAAAGACUCCCCUCAGCCCCACCUUGUUGAAUCUUUAUCUUUCCAUGGCAUUGAAUUUGUUGCUUGUGGUGAAUUCCACACAUGUGCUGUUACGGUGGAUGGUGAACUCUACACAUGGGGAGACGGAACACACAAUGCCGGACUUUUAGGUCAUGGAUCAAAUGUUAGUCAUUGGAUACCAAAGAGGAUCUCAGGUCCUCUUGAAGGGGUUCGAGUUUCAACGAUAGCUUGUGGGCCAUGGCAUUCAGCCCUGAUCACGUCAACAGGGCGGCUCUUCACGUUUGGUGAUGGAACAUUUGGCGUUUUAGGACAUGGAGAUAGAGAGACCGUUCUGUUUCCAAGAGAGGUUUCUUCUCUCUCUGGAUUAAGAACAGUUUCUGUUGCAUGUGGUGUUUGGCACACUGCUGCUGUUGUGGAGGUCAUUGUUACUCAAUCUAGUGCAAGUUUAUCAUCUGGGAAAUUGUUUACUUGGGGUGAUGGAGAUAAAAACCGGCUGGGGCAUGGUGACAAAGAGCCCCGUUUGGAACCUACUUGUGUGCCCGCCCUUAUCGAUCAUAAUUUCCACAAAAUUGCUUGUGGACAUUGUUUGACUGUCGGCUUGACCACUUCCGGCCGUGUUUUCACCAUGGGAAGCACUGUGUAUGGUCAACUUGGAAACCCUAAUUCGGAUGGAAAGUUGCCAUGCUUAGUUGGGGACAAACUUGCUGACGAGGAAAGUGUUGUUGAAGAUAUUGCAUGUGGUUCAUAUCAUGUCGCUGUUUUGACAUCCAGAAACGAGGUUUACACUUGGGGUAAAGGAGCCAAUGGAAGGUUAGGCCAUGGAGACGUAGAAGAUCGAAAGUCGCCCACUUUAGUUGAGGUUUUGAAGGAUAGGGUUGUAAAGUAUAUUGCUUGUGGUUCGAGUUACACUGCAGCUAUAUGUCUUCACAAGUGGAUCUCUGUGGCUGAGCAAUCUCAAUGCUCUUCUUGUAGGCAGGCUUUUGGGUUCACAAGAAAGAGGCAUAAUUGCUACAAUUGCGGGCUUUUGUAUUGCCAUGCCUGCAGUUCAAGAAAGGCAUUAAGGGCUGGUUUGGCCCCUAAUCCGAGAAAGCCGUACCGUGUCUGUGAUUCCUGUUUUUCCAAACUGAGUAUGGUGGUCAGUACUGGGAGAGGUGAAGGACCACGCCUCUCGGGCGGUGAGAACAAGGACAGAUUGGAUAAGGAUGAGUUACGGUUAGCCAAAUCAGUGGUGCCUUCAAAUCUCGAGCUGAUUAAGCAAUUGGAUUACAAAGCAGCCAAACAAGGAAAGAAAACCGAUAGAUUCUCGUUGGGUCCCACUUUUCCAAAACCGGCUUUGGCAGCAUUGACCGGUGUCUCUAGAAGUGUGUCGCCGUUCUCACGGAAAUCCAGCCCCCCACGUUCAGCAACACCUUUACCCUCAACCUCUGGACUGUUGUUUUCCAAAAGCAUGGUGGACAGUUUGAAGAGGAACAAUGAAGUGCUAAAUCAAGAAAUUCACAAGUUGCAUGCUCAGGUGGAGACUCUCCGAAAACGAUGUGAACUCCAAGAAUCGAAUCUUCAAAAAUCAACUAAAGAAGCUCAGGAAGCAUUGCUUCUGGCUGCAGAGGAAUCUGCUAAGUCUAAAGCUGCAAAAGAAGUGAUUAUAUCACUUACUGCACAGCUCAAAGACAUGGCUGAGAGAUUGCCACCUGGGACUUACACCACCGAGACUUUCAAGCUAGCUUACCCACCUAAUGGAUUGGAGUCAAACGGUUUGCUUCACUUCAAUGAUACAAAUGUGGAUCCAAAUGGAGUUGUGACCUCCAACAGGCCAGAUGUUCAGUCCAUUCCCGAACUCCCCAAAGGAAGUGGGGUGCCCACAUUUAGAAACUUUGUCUCUGAACCUGAUGCUGGUAAAAAGGACACCUCUCCAUUACAGGAGGAUACCAAAAAUGGCACAAGAUCUAGAGGAGGUUCCAUUCCUCUUGCCAAUGAUGACCAAAUUGAGGCUGAGUGGAUUGAACAAUAUGAGCCUGGUGUUUAUAUAACGCUAGUGGCUCUUCGAGAUGGCUCCAGAGAUCUUAAACGAGUGCGCUUCAGUCGAAGAAGAUUUGGAGAGCACCAAGCAGAGAGUUGGUGGUCAGAGAACCGUGACAAUGUUUAUGAUAAAUAUAAUAUCAGAGGAUCAGCCAUGCCCACCGUCUCUGGCAAAGCUAGUUGCAGGUCAGAAGGGCAUAUUUCUCCUUCAUCCCAAAGAUAGGAAUGUUUAAUGGAGAUCUUUCCCAUCUGAAUGCUUGCUUGGUUUUGUUCAUCUUUGUAUGCUAUGUAUGUUCUAAUGGCACAGCCAAAAUCUCCUUUCUCACCUUUUCCCUUUCCCCAAUUUGUUCUUUCAGGUAUUUAUUUUUAGAGCAUUUAGCAUUUUUCUUGCCCGUUGUAUUUCACUGUAUAUAUGUUACUGGUUGUACUUUGGUUUAUCCAUGAAACCAAAGCAAGUUCAUUGGCUAUUUGCCUGUGUGGGUGUUGAGUGUCUAUUUCUUUUUACAAAUUUUAA